AUGCCACCAUCUUUGCUUGGAAUAAGAAGACCAUUCCGCCGAUUGGAAAAAAAUUUGACAGAAUUGAGAUCAGAACCAGCAGAAAUUGUUUGUAAAGAUGCCAAACUUAAAUAUAAAUCUAGUUGUAUUCGAUUUCAUGAUUCUUAUACAUUUUAUCAAUGGGAUAAUUUAUUCAAUUUUAGUAUUGUUGCAGAAUAUAAUGUUAAGAUUUUACCUGUAACAGAUUACAGUGAUAAGAAAUUAUUUAACAUUUUAAAUAUAAACGAUCCUUUGAAUCAAGUUUAUAAGUCAUUCAAAUAUCACACCAAUCAUUCAUUUUACGAUUCAGAUACUCUUGAUGCUAAAGUAUUAAAAAAAAAUCCACAUAAGGAUUUUGAGUCUUUACUGGCUCUUAGAAAUAACACAAAAAAACUUUUUUAUUUUGGCAGUUUAUUUGGAACACAUAGAAUAAUUCUUGAUUCAAGCGAUGGAAAAAGAUUCUUAAACAAAAUAAGAUCAAAUCUGAUGCCAAAUAAUAAAAUAAUGUUGGAAGUUGUUGAUAAAAUUGUUGAUAAUUUGGGUGGAUUCUUAAAUUUCAUAUCAAUUCAUGCUAGAAUCGGUGACAAUCAUUUUCGUUCAAAUAGAAAUCAAUAUCUUAAAAAAUUUAUCAACAAUGUCAAUAAUGAUUUUCCAAAUUUAUCAAAUUUUCAAAAAGCUUUGUAUCCAAAUCACUCGUGUCAUUCUCAAUCUUAUUUCAAUUAUUCGACUCCGAAUUUAUUUAUCACUAGUGAUGUUACCAAAAACAGUAAUUUGAUUACACCCCUUAUUGAAGCUUUCCCCUGUUUAUAUAUGCUUUCAGAUUUUGAUCCUUUAAUUGAACCUUAUAGAACACUUGUGAAUCCAAUAGACAAUAAAAUAUUACAUAAAUUUUUAUUGCCUUUAACCGAUCUUAUGGUAGCUGCAAGAGCUUCAAAUAUUUACUCUAUGCAUGCUAGUACAUUUGGUCGCUACUUAAAUGCAUAUCAUCUUUUUUUAAAUAAAAACAUAGAUUGA